UUACGUCCCAUCACCAACCCCGACCUCCAUAUCGGCGAUCGGACUUCCGUGCACGCCCAGCUCAUCUCAACGGACAUCAUGGAGCUUGCAUACGGCUUUGCCCUAUGCGAACCGACACCACAUUUGUGGAACCAUCAAGCUUCGCCGGUUUUAGCAUAGGGCCAUCCGUUAUCCCCAAAACACGAACGCCAUUUCAAGGACACAGCAGCGGACUUAGAGGUUUACGACCGAAGACCGGCCGUAUGCCUCUCAACAUUGAUCCUUCACGUUAUAGUUAUAUACAACUUCACUACCAAGAAUUCGACGUCUUGGUACACAUUGCCGAAACCGUUCCAGUGCUUGCCCUAGUUCAGACGCGAUCACCGCAAAGCCCUAUUCCCCUUUACACUUGGCAGUAUGGUAUUGCUUACCACCCUCAAAAAUAUCGCCGUGGUUGGUGCGAGCGGCAAUGUUGGCACCCAUAUCACAUCGGCUCUCCUUGCGAAAACACACUUCAACGUCACAGCGAUCACACGUACAGACUCCAAAGCCACCUUCCCACCAGGCGUUCGAGUCGCACGUAUCGACUAUAACAGCCCAGAUACCAUAGUCAAAGCUUUGACAGGACAGGAUGCACUCGUUAUCACGAUGAGCGUGUUUGCUGGUGGCGCGCAGGAGCAACUCAUUCGUGGGGCAGCUCAAGCCGGCGUACCAUGGGUUCUACCAAACGAGUUUGGUAUGUACAACACAGAGGAAGCUCAGAAUGAAACUAUCGGACCGGGAAAGACAAUCGCUCGCAAACUCAUCGAGUCGCUCGGCGUUUCCUCUUGGAUAGGCCUCACCUCAGGUUUCUGGUACGAGUACUCCCUCAGCGGUGGUUACUACGGCAUCAACAUACCGAAGCGCGAAGUCACUUACAUAGACGACGGCAAGCAGCGUCUGAACACCGCCACAUGGCCCCAGACUGGACUUGCCGUGGCAAACUUGCUAUCUCUGCCAGUAUCUGGAUCUGAUAGCGAUGGGCCGACACUGGAGCAAUAUCGCAACCGCAUGCUCUUUGUUUCUUCUUUCGCUCUUAACCAGCGCGAGAUGUUCGAGGCUGUCCAGAAAGCAACGGGAACUACGGAGAAGGAUUGGAGAAUUACAUCCGAGCCAGCAAAGCAACGCUUGGCUACAGCUAGGCAGAGGAUGAUGAUGGGCGAUCGUAGGUCCUUUGCAACGGUUUUGUACACACGCUAUUUUAUUGACGAGGCGGGCCUAUAUGAGAAGAACCAUGGCCUGAACAAUGACGAGCUAGGCCUUCCGAAAGAGGAUCUGGACGAAGCUACGAAACGGGCCGUGGACCUGGCGUAUACGGAUUAUCACAAGAACAUGUACUCGUAGACUGUCUACCUUCUUCGCAUGCAGUUCUAUCACAAGCAUAUUGUGGACGUUUUCAUUUAUUCAUUCUCCAACGUAAAAGCGGUACAUCAAUCGAAUACAAUAGCAGCCUUCACAACCUCUUGUUUCCUCACCGCGUCCAGACAUUCCUCCCAUUGCUCGAUUUUAUAUGUCUUGUUUGCGAUGCCACCCAACUUCAAUCUCCCAGCAUUCACAUACUCCAGUACAUGUGGUAUGUGGCUCAUGCUACAGAAGCUAGCUAGAAUCGUGAUUUCAUUCUCCCAGAUACGGAACGGGGACCAAGCAAUCUUAACACUCUCGUCAUAAACACCGUACACCACGAGCUUUCCACCUUUGCGUACGUACUCGAUAGCCUUUUCGAGGACAGUCGGUGCGCCAGUAGCUUCCACCACGAUGUCGAAACCAUAAGG